AUGAUUCAUAUUUCGAUUCCAACAACGCAAACGUUAGUUGAAAUGGAUGGAAGUCGUACAUAUGAUGCAUUUGAUAUAUACAUUAAUGGUGCUUAUCAUGCAAGCAUACGAUAUUCUCAUUUAUUGAAACUUCAUGAGAAAUUACGUAAUCAUUUCGGACCGAAAUUGAAAACAUCCGAUUUUCCAUCAAAAAAGUUGUUCCGAACAUUAGAUCAAAAAGCAUUGGAUGAACGAAGACUAGCACUAGCACGUUAUUUUCAAACGAUGGUUCAACUUCAGUCAAUCGCUCAACACUUCAUAACUGAAAAUGCUUUUCUUAAUUUUCAAAUCGAAUCAUUUCGACCAUCAUCUAGUAAUGUUUCGGUUGAUAUUUUCAUGGCAGAUGGUACCAAGGAAACUGUCCGUUGCAACGUUGAACAUCCCACCGAAAUUAUUUUAAAGCGAUUUGCUGACAUUAUUGGUUUGAGUAUUGAAAACAUUGGAAGUUUUGGUUUAUUUGUGGCUAAACGACGGUAUGCUAGUGAUGAUGGUCACUUUAUGUCUUCUCUUGGUUCAGUGAAAUAUCCAGAUACACUUUCUGUUCGACUGUUGCGAAAUUUCGAGUCACCGUAUUUAUCAAUUCAUAUGUUGAAUCAGAAAUCGGCAGCAACAGGAGUGUUUUAUUUUAUUAUUAUUAGGAAGUUAAUCUGGGAUCCGAAAGUUGAGGAAGAGCUCAUGGAUGAUCCGGGAGCUGUUUUAUUGCUAUACAAGCAGGCCGCAAGUGAUUUGUAUAAUGGUCAUUUUGUACCCCGUCAAACAGAAAUCAAAAAUCGUUUGUUAGCUUUGGAAGAGCAAGGCAAUUGUACGCAGUUUCUUCGUUUGUGUCAUUUGGAGCCAAACUACAGUUAUGAAGUUUUGGAGCCUUGCUCAAGUAACUAUCCACGACCAGGAACGGAAUGCAAUUUGAAAAUUGGCCGACGUCGUAUUCUUUUGGAAUUCAAAGGUGAAGGUGCUAAGGAUGGUAUUUCAAGUGCUGAGUUUCGAGCAACAAGAAUUCGUGUAUGGCGAAUUUCUGAGCAAGAUAAUAGCGGUUUUACUUUUUUGUUCGAAUAUCUAAUAUCGAAAGGGGUAUUUCACUGGAUUACUCUGUAUACCAAUCAGGCCAUUUUGCUUUCUUUAUUGCUUCAAUCGAUUGGUUUUGAAAUUCUCAAGGAACAUCGCUCUUUAAUGACUACAUUUGGUAGCGUUGACUAUGAUUAUCCAACGAAAGAUGUGUUCAAAAUUUAUUCUUCGCAAGAAGAAGAUUCAAUGGGUUCUCCCGUUAUUUCGAGAGCUGUUCAGUAUUCAACACCAAUGGAGAAUGAAGUACAGAGGAUUUCAGUGCAGCCAAAAGAGGUCGAAAGAACCAAAAUCAUUGAAAAUCAUGAUGACUCAUUAACAAAUGGCCGAUCCGACAAUGGUAGCAUUCAUUCGAAUCAUCAUUCUAAUAGUAUCACUGAUAUAAAGCAUUCAGGAUCAAUUGCCAGUGAUUUAGAUGAAUCUGUACUGGAUGCUUUCACCACAAUUUCGAAGACAUUGCUGUUCAAGAGUGAAGGAUUUGAGAUUACAGACGAUGACUUAUAA